AUGUGGAGGAAAAAAGACGAGUCAUCGAAAAACACGUCUGCAUCGUUGCACAAUGGAUCACACGUAAGAAAUACCGCAAGAGCUGUGCCUCAAUAUUGGUCGUCGUUGAAAGAAUCGUGUAAUAUUAACUUCGAGCGCCUGUUGGGUUUCAAAGUGGGAGAUGUGUCAAGUUUUGAGAAGUUUACUCAAUUCCUUUAUCGUCCGACCGAUCCGGCAAGUUUGGGAGUGGCGAGAGCCCUAUUUGGGUUGUGCAUGGUGAUAGACGUCGUCGAGGAGAGAGGACUGGCAGACGUCGACAUAAAAUGGGGGGACCCAUGGGAUUGUCACUUUCCAUUGAUCCACGGGAUGAAACCUCCGCCGCUACCAUGGAUGAUAAUGAUAUACGCGGUGAUGUGGAUGGGUGCCUUUGGAAUCGCGCUCGGUCUGCAUUUCAAGAUCGCCUGUGCCUGCUUCGUGCUGCCCUACUGGUACAUAUUCCUCCUGGACAAGAGCUAUUGGAACAAUCACACCUAUCUGUACGGCAUUGUGGCUACCCUGUUCUGGGGAACGCAAGCGAACAAAUACUUCGCGUUGGAUGCUAGCAAUGCGAGGCAAACUGGAGACUCCGUGCCAUACUGGAAUUACUUCAUUCUAAAAUUUCAAUUUUUUGCACUUUACUUCCUGGCCGGUUUGAAGAAAUCCGGCAGAGAAUGGCUCGAAGGUUACUCAAUGACGAAUCUGUCUACACACUGGGUUUUCCAUCUGUUCAAAAUAUUUCUGACAACCGAGCAGACCGAUUUUCUGAUCGUCCACUGGUUCGGUUUCAUCUUUGAUUUAUCCGUCGGAUUUUGGAUGCUGCUUGAGAAAACACGAAUACCAGCCAUGGUGUUCUGCACAGCUUUUCACUUAAUGAACUCGAGACUGUUUCGUAUAGGGAUGUUCCCAUACGUGUGUCUGGCGACAAUGCCACUGUUUUGUCGUGUAGACUGGCCACGUAGAUUAGGAUCGUAUUUUAACUGGCUGCGAAAGACUUCACCGGCUAACAUAGACUUAAUCGAUGCAAAUAACGUGAAAAAGACUGAUAGUCAGGUAAAUGAAUCUUCGGGGUCCGAGUACUCCGUGUUGCCUUCAAACGAAACUUCACAGAAUGAAACGACGCACAAAGAGAAAACAACGAGGAAAAGAGUAGACCAAAAUUAUUUUCUUAAAUCGAGAUCUAAAAAAGAAAUCAACGAGGAGAUUACGCAGUCACGUAAAAAUCCAAUAAAGUCCAAUGAGAAGAAAGCCAGCGCUUGCAAGAACAUUCGGGGAACUCAGCAACCACCAAAAGUUACGAAACGACAGAAGUUCGUGGCAUCCUUGCUACUGUGCCAUAUUGCUCUACAGUUUUUCCUACCAUUUUCGCAUUUUAUAACAAAGGGCUACAAUAAUUGGGUACCUGGUAUGUAUGGUUAUUCCUGGGAUAUGAUGGUCCAUGCCUGGGACACUAUACUCGUAGUCAUCAAAGUGCACGACAACGAGAACAACGAUAUUCGCUAUUUGGAUCCGGAAGCGUGGGUACAAGGAGAUCGAUGGACAAAGCAUGGGGACAUGGCGAUGCAGUAUUCGCAAUGCUUGAGGAAUAAUCUGAUGCGUCGAAGAGAGGAAGCACUUAGUACCGAUCAACAGUUCGAAGAUAAGGAGAAAUGGAUGAAGCUGUCUACGAACUUGAGCAUUUACAUGGACGUGUGGUGUUCGCUAAACGGACGAUUUCAGCAGAGAGUAUAUAAUCCAAACGUCGACACGUUGACGGUCGACUGGCAUCCCCUUAAACCUGUUUCGUUCCUUAUGCCAUUGCUCACGCAGUAUAAUUCAUAUCGAUAUAAAAUGGAUGAAAUACAAAAGCACGUUUAUACCUGGUCAAAUUAUACGGACGUGUUGUUCGUGGCCGAUUUUCCGGAAAUGUAUCUGGAGAACUACAUAUCUACCGACUUCACAAACGUCUCUUUGACCGUGCUGGAGGGUACGAUAACUUACAGUGAUGAGGAAUCACCAGAUGCGAUUACUGUGCUGAAGAGAAGGUCGACAUCUGUGAGAACGGGAAUGUUUCAUCGAGUCAAAACUACGAGCUCUUAUCCGGCAUGCUAUAUGUACACCUACACUAAUCAAACGAAGCAGCAAUUGGAUAGCGAAAGAAUGCCAUCGCCGCCGGCGGUAGAAGACUCGCUGUCUCUUCUAAAGGAGAUUGAUCAUAAAAUUAUUGCGUGGACGCGGGCAUUUACUCACAUAGCAAACGCCUUUUUUAAUUUGGUAUACGACGUCUCCAUGAUACGACGAGUGCGCAUUAACAAAUAAUAAGUGUUCAUGAGGAUUAGUGAAAAAGCUUGCGUGGCUUUUUUAUCUCUUGUUAAUAUCCUUAAGUUUAGCACUUUCUGACAAAAUGAUUUUUAUUCUAAUUCAAUUAACUUAGAUUUUAUUAUAUAUAUAUAUAUAGCCAAGAGAGUUUGGUAAUGAGACAGAACUCGAUGAUUCUUGAACGAAACUUUUUAUUGAACAAAUUUACGUUGAAUAUGCAUUCCGUACAUACACGUUAGACACAUACUGUAUAAAAGCAGUAGCAUAUGUUACGAUAUGAUAUAUGUUACGCUAAAUAAAGUUACAAUCAAUUAAAGUAAUCUAAUCAAUUGUUAAAAGAAUAUUAUAAAAGAAGACUAUUUGUACACAUUUAUAUUUAUAUAUAUGUAUAUACGACAUACGAGCAGUAUACGUUGUUAUGAUAGAAAAAUGAGUAUAGUAUAAUAGAAAUUAUUUUUAUUAUUUUUAUAUAUGUAAUAAAAUAUAAAGUUUCAAGUAAAUUAAUGUGAUUGUAUGUUGUAAUUUAUUAUUAAGUAUUUUAUAUUAGUUCAUCAUUGGUUUAUCAGAUCAGGUUUGUCUCUUGUCGAACCUUUUUAGACAUCUCAUUGUUCUUUGCUGAAUCUUAAUCAAUUUUAUUUUUUUCAGAUUAGUUUGUUAAAGUAGAUAACUUGUCAUUUAUAGAACGUUUACAGAAUGAUAAUCUGUUACUUAGUCAUUAAACAUCUG